UCAUGGUCAUUGCAGUUUGAUGAAGAAUUCACAGCUCGACAGGAAGCUCAAGCAGAGCUUCAGAAAAGAGACGAAAAAAUCAAAGAACUGGAAACAGAAAUCCAGCAACUUAGACUACAGGGAGAUCCAUCUGCAGUUUCAGGCCUACAUGCACCAUCUCCAGCAACUCCACUGUCAUCUGUUGGGCCAUGCCCACCACCUCCUCCUCCUCCUCCUCCACCACCACCACCUCCUCCACUUCCAGGAGUACCUCCUCCUCCUCCUCCGCCACCGUUACCUGGAAUUCUUGGUAUUGCACCACCACUACCAUCACCCCUGUUUGGAGGCCCUCCUCCAGUACCACCCCCUGGAGGAUUUCACCUUCCCCCAUCAGUACCAAUUUCUCUUCCAUUUGGAAUGAAGCAGAAAAAACUAUAUAAGCCAGAAGUAUCCAUGAAAAGAAUCAACUGGUCCAAGAUUGAGCCUAGAGAAUUAUCGGAAAACUGUUUCUGGCUAAAAGUAAAAGAAGACAAGUUUGAGACUCCAGAUCUCUUUGCAAAACUGGCCUUGACAUUUGCUUCCCAGAAGAAAGGUCAAAGGAAUAUAGAUGCUGCAGAAGAAAAUAGGAGUGGACCUCCAAAGAAGAAAGUGAAGGAACUGAGAAUUUUGGAUCCCAAAACAGCACAGAACCUGUCUAUCUUCCUGGGAUCUUAUCGCAUGCCAUACGAGGAAAUAAAGAACAUUAUUUUGGAGGUUAAUGAACAGUUGCUAAGUGAAGCUCUAAUUCAGAACUGGUCCCAAAGAAAGAAGUCCACGAGACAAGCAAGAAGUCUAGAACCUGAUAGCUAUGUUCCUGUGGGUGCUGUGGUUAAGAAUCUUGUCAAACAUCUCCCUGAGCAGAAUAUACUCAAAGAACUAGCACAGCUUAAGAAUGAAUAUGAUGAUCUCUGUGAGCCAGAACAGUUUGGUGUUGUGAUGAGCUCAGUGAAAAUGUUACGGCCUCGUCUCACAAGCAUCCUCUUCAAACUCACCUUUGAAGAACAUGUAAACAACAUCAAACCAAGCAUCAUGUCAGUAACUCUUGCAUGUGAAGAACUGAAGAAAAGUGAAAGCUUUAAUAGACUUUUAGAGCUGGUUCUUUUGGUAGGAAACUACAUGAACUCAGGCUCAAGGAAUGCCCAGUCUUUGGGCUUCAAGAUCAACUUCCUUUGUAAGAUCAGAGAUACAAAGUCAGCAGAUCAAAAAACAACCCUUUUGCAUUUUCUUGCUGAAAUCUGUGAAGAACAACACCGUGAUAUCCUGAAAUUUCCUGAAGAGCUGGAACAUGUGGAAAGUGCAAGCAAAGUUUCAGCUCAAACUCUCAAGAGCAACCUUGUAGCAAUGGAACAAAACAUUCUUCAUCUGGAGCGUGACAUCAAGAAUUUCCCAAAAGAAGACAGUCAACACGAUAAGUUUGUGGAAAAGAUGACGA